AGAGUGCCAAUCAGAUCGGCUUCAAAUGAACUCUUAUCUCUUAUGUUUCAGAGUAGCAGCAAAGUUUCGAGUCGUUUACCUAUGUGCCAUUACGAAAAAUAGCAACUACGCACAAGGCAUUAAAAAAGAUGAGCUUCCACGAGUGCCAUCGUGCUGAGCCAUUCCGUCUGUUUUUCUAUCUAACGGUAUAAACAGAUAGGUGAAAUGACCAUUUUACCCUACAGUAGGAUCUGUUUGUCAGUCAUCCAAACUUUCUCUCUCUCCCUUCUCUUCCCUGUGCACACGAAGGGCCAAGGAGGUCUGAACUGCAGCGGGAGGAGCAAUGUCGGAGCAGCAACCGUUGCCGCAGCCUCGGAGCAGCAUGCGGGAGGCGCUGGAGAAGGAGGAAUCCUCCCUCCAUCUCCCUCCCCUCUUCGCUCCCGGUGAUUGACAAGGAGAGAGAGAAUGUUGCUGAGCUCCCCCGUCGUCGUCUCCCCGCCGCCGCUGCGGGUCUCGCCCUCCCCGCAGCAGCUGCAGCCACGGCCGGUGGGGCUCCUCCUCCGGAUCGAGGUGCCCCCCGGGCGCGGCCGCUUUGCCGGCACGUCGGGCCCGGUCGACGCCUCGCCCUCCCCGGCCUCCUCUCUGGCGCGCUCGCUGCUGAUCACCAGCACGCCACCGUCCUCCACCUCGACCCUGGCGGCGUCCUUCUUGACCCCCGAGAGGUCGGCCCUGAACACGUGCGCAUCGGGGGUCUCCUUCCAGUCCACCGUUCCCACCGCCGCCGCCUCUAUAUCUCCUCCCUCUCCCCUCGCAUGCCCCGCUCGCCGCCGCCACUUCCCCCUCCUCCUCCUCCGCCUCCCGCCCCCAAGUGACCCGCGGCUCCUCCCUCCACCGCCGUCGCAUCUCUUCCUCGCGCAGCCGCCGCCGCCGCCGCCGCCGCUAGAUCUCCGGCUGCCCGCGCCAUGGUCGACGCCUCCGGCCUCGCACUGCCGCGGGUGGCCGCACCCUGCCCAGCGCGCGUGUCCCCUGGGCCGGCUUCCUCUGAUUCGCGCCGCCGGUGGCGCUGCCACCGCAGCAGCUACGGUGCUGCGCGUCCACUGUCGACGAUGGUGUGGUGUCCGCAGAGGCCUCCAAGCCCCGCCUCCCCAGUCUGCUCUCGUGCAGAUGGUGUGAUUUUCGUGUUGAAUGGGCUGUCGUCGUCGGGGAGCUCCUCAAGAUCCCGCGCCGCGUCUGGGACAUCGAGAAGGGCGGCGGCGGACGCUGCGAGCGCGGGUGAGCUCGCUCCGCCCCGGUGUUGGCGUGGCGCGAGGCGAGGAGGCGGCGAAAGGCGCGCGCACGAGCUCUGGCCAGGCCACCGCGGGCGGCGCGGGCGAGCUGAGCACGAGGGAGGGCGGCAGCGAGAGCGGCGGCGUGGCGAGCGCGAACGGGAGGCGAACGAGAGAGAGAGCACGCGAGAGGAUAGGGACGAAGGGUAUUUCGGACAUUUUUGCUGCUCGGUCUUGUCAGGGCUUCCAAAUGGCGACAAAGGAACAGAAUGGGCGUGAUUGAACAGGAUGGGCGUGAUUGGUAGGUGGGAUGGUGACGUCCGGACGGCUAUCCGACAUCAUCCUAUGUACUUGAACAUGAUUGGUUGCAAAUGGACGUGAUCGGUAGGUGGGAUGGUGGUGUCCAAGGGCCAUUCGGCAUCAUCUCAUGCAAUUGGAUGUGAUUGGUUGCUCUCCC